AUGUCAAAAGAAUUUUUUCGCGAGUCAAUUGAAAUCCAUGAGUUCGUACAACCCAAAACAGUCUCUAGGUUCAUAGGAAUUAGAGGCAGUGCCUUAAACUCUUUCGAAAAAGCUUUUAACGUUAAAGCUGUGGUUGUGACCAACAAAGGAAACAUCAGUCUCAGAUGCAAUGGCGAGAAAGAUAAUGUCGAAAAAUCCAUCUUCAAAUUCUAUGAAACCAUAGCCAACUUGGAGGAUUCUCUUCAAACUUAUGAAAUGGAUGUACCCAAUGACAAAGUUGGUUUCUUGAUUGGCUCGCAUGGUUGGUCUAUGAAUGAAAUCAUGCGUUUGAGUGGAGCUAAGGUAUUCUGUAAGCAGACAGAAGAUAAUACAUCAGUUGCGGUCAUUGAAGGUAGCCACUCAAAGAUUCAGCUUGCUGUAGAACUUGUUUUGAAAAGGCUUGAAAGGUAUUCUUGCUUAAAUCAGGAGAAAGAAGACAGUUAUACUACAAACCUAUCACGGAGAAUCGCUUCAGGGGAAGAAACUUAUUGA